ACACAGCAGCAUUAUUUCGGCCUAUCGGUUAUCGAGAUGUUUAUUAUUUAGCAAUCUUUGCACUUUGAUCAUACUGUAGUUGGUUAAUAUUUUAUUUUAGUUUUGGUUAAUUUAACGUUUAAUGAAGAUGUUUUCCAAGACGUCUCGUCAAUUUGGGGCCCAGUUCAGCAACCAGGCCAAAAGGUUGCAAAGUACCCUAGUUAUUGCCGAACAUGAUAAUAAAGCACUAUCUCCAAUCACCCAACACGCAAUUGCUGCUGCCAAAAAAUUGGGCGGAGAAAUUUCAGUGCUUGUAGCUGGAACCAAAUGUGGACCAGCAUCUGAAGCUGUUGCCAAGGCCAGUGGCGUCACCAAGGUGAUUGUGGCUGAAAAUGAAGCUUUCAAAGGCUUCACAGCUGAAAGCCUGACCCCGCUCAUAGUGGCUGCGCAAAAAAAGAACAACUACACGCACAUCGUAGCUGGCGCGUCUGCUUUCGGAAAAGCUCUGCUACCCAGGGUUGCGGCCAAACUGGACGUGUCUCCAGUGUCCGAUGUUAUCGGCAUCAAGUCGGCCGACACGUUCGUGAGGAGCAUCUACGCCGGUAACGCGAUCCAAACUUUGACAGCCAAAGAUCCCGUCAAAGUGGUGGCAGUGAGAGGCACCAGCUUCGAAGCUGACAGCAUGACUGGCGGAUCGGCUGCAACCGAAACCAUGCCAGCCGACGGUUGCGCGCAAGACAUGACUGUGUUUGUCGGUCAGGAGUUGAGCAAGUCCGACAGACCCGAACUGACAAGUGCUAAAGUGGUCGUUUCUGGAGGUCGUGGUCUGAAGUCGGGCGAUAACUUCAAGCUUUUGUACGAUCUUGCUGACAAAAUGAAGGCCGCCGUUGGGGCCUCCCGUGCCGCUGUGGAUGCUGGAUACGUAGCGAACGACCUUCAAGUUGGCCAGACUGGAAAAAUUGUAGCACCCGAUCUAUACAUUGCUGUCGGUAUUUCCGGAGCCAUCCAGCACUUGGCUGGAAUGAAAGACAGCAAGACCAUUGUGGCCAUCAACAAGGACCCUGAGGCACCCAUAUUCCAAGUCGCCGAUUACGGGCUUGUAGCCGAUUUGUUCAAGGCUGUACCCGAACUCACCGGAAAAUUGUAAAUAAAUCAUUUUGUGUAAAUUUUAAGGUCCAAGUAGUUUGAUUAUAUAAAUAAAUAUUUUUAUUAAUUGA